AUGCAGAAUUUAGUAGCUUGUUGUCGCGAAGUUUUUACUGGCAAUCCAAUUGAAUUACAAGUCAUUAAUGAAUUCGAACAGAAUUAUCUUCCCGCACGAGCAAUAUGGUGGUAUACACGUGGGUGUUUUACCUAUAAAAUACCCAAUCAAGCACUUCGAACUAUGGAUGUCGAUAUGAUCAUUAAUAUGGGCUUCUUUCUACGUGAUGUACAUCAACAAAUUCAACAACUGUACGAACAACAGGUCAGCAAUUAUGGAGGAAAGUCGUUUGUAGUUUAUCGAGGACAACGUCUUCAGCAAUCAGACUUUGAUAAACUUCAGAAAACAAAAGGUGGACUAAUGUCAUUUAAUAAUUUCUUAUCCACCAAUAAAAAUGAACAGGUGUCUCUUGGUUUUGCUCGAUGUGCUUCAACAAAACCGGAUAUGGCGGGCAUUCUAUUUAUAAUGACCAUUGAUCCUUAUAUUAAAUCAACACCAUUUGCCUCCAUUAAAGAGUUGAGCUAUUUUAAGGAAGAAGAUGAAAUUCUCUUCUCAUUGCAUGCCGUCUUUCAAGUAGGUGCAAUUAAACAAAUGGACCAUGAGAAUCAACUUUAUCAAGUUGAAUUACAAUUAAUAUCGGAUGAUGAUCAACAACUACGACUACUUACUAAUCGAAUACGAAAAGAAGCUCAUGGUACUGGAUGGGAAAGAUUUGGUAAAUUAUUGCUUAAAACUGGUCAGUUUAAUAAAGCUGAAGAAUUUUACAACACCUUACUCGAACAGACAUC